CUAUAAGCUCAAAGAGAUAUGGGUAAACAAUUCUUAGUAAUUGUAGCCAUCUUGGCAUUGGCUUCUUCACUUGUCAUUGCUUCGGAUCCAGAUCCUCUUCAAGACUUUUGUGUUGCCAUCGAUGAUCCAAAAGAUGCUCUGUUUGUGAAUGGCAAGUUUUGCAAGGAUCCUAAACUCGUUAAUGCUGACGAUUUCUUUUAUGAUGGACUUGACAAACCUGGAAACACGUCAAAUCCUCUUGGAUCAGUUGUUACUCCGGUGAAUGUGAUGCAACUUAAAGGUCUCAAUACUCUUGGAAUCUCUUUGGUUCGUAUUGACUAUGCACCUUAUGGAUUGAACCCACCACAUACACAUCCUCGCGCGACUGAGGUCCUCUUUGUCUUAGAGGGUGCCCUCUUGGUUGGCUUCGUGACAUCUAACAUACCGAACCAAAAGAAUCGUCUAUUCACAAAAACUUUAUAUCCCGGAGAUGUUUUUGUAUUCCCAGAAGGCUUAAUUCACUUUCAACAGAAUAUUGCUAAAACAAAUACAAUUGCUUUUGCUGGCUUAAGUAGUCAAAAUCCAGGAGUUAUUACUAUUGCAAAUGCCGUGUUUGGAUCAGAUCCCAAAAUAUCCGUUGAUGUGCUCACCAAGGCCUUUCAAGUGGACAAAAAUGUGAUCGACUAUCUUCAAUCUCAAUUCUGGUGGGACAAUAACUAAAUCGUAUUAUCUAAGAGAGUUUGAACUUAUGAAUAAUAUAUUGUAUCAUGGCUAAAUAAGACUUUGUAAGAAUUAUAAUGUUUUUGUGUUUGUGUUUGUAUACUAUAUUAAAUAUAUCGAGUUUUCUAUACAAAUAAAGUUCUGUUUGUUUGCAUAAA